AUGUUCCAAACAUUGUCGGCCAAAGCGGCCAUUCAACUUGACCAGGAAUUGAUGUCUACAGGGGCAUUCUCCAUCGACCAAUUGAUGGAAUUGGCAGGUCUUGCAGUGGCCCAAGCAGUAUAUAAAGAGUAUCCUCCAGUGACCAUCAACGAUAAAGUACUUAUACUUGUAGGUCCAGGAAACAACGGAGGCGAUGGACUUGUAGCAGCCAGACACCUCAAGCUCUGGAAUGGCUACGAGCCGGUGGUAUUUUAUCCCAAGAAGACUGCCAAACCAUUGUAUACCAACUUGAUGACCCAGUUGAAACACCUCGGAGUGAGUGAAGUUACUGAAUUGACAGAAGUCAAGAACCUAUUGAGCUCAGGACAAGUCAAGUUGAUUAUCGAUUCACUCUUUGGAUUUUCUUUCAAGCCUCCGAUCCGGGCCCCCUUUGAUGACUUGAUAAAGUAUUUGUGUGUUAAUCAUGAUAAAAUCGCACCCAUAGCGUCAGUAGAUAUCCCUUCUGGGUGGGACGUCAGCGACGGGCCUGUGGGCAAAGACAUGGAUAUAAAACCUUCGAUGUUGAUCAGCUUGACUGCCCCCAAGCCGUGUGCAGUAAUCGCCCAUACCCAAGGAGUUACACACUACUUAGGAGGAAGGUUCAUCAACGGCCAGAUUGCUGCGAAAUAUCACAUCGAGGAGUUGAUUGCGAAAUACAAGGGCAACGACAUGGUUGUGAAGUUAUAG